AUGCAAAUUAAUUCCCAGGAGUCCAACAACACUACCAACAGCCAACAGGGUACAGGAGUACACCUACACUACCAACAGAGUACAACAAGGUACAGGAGUACACCUACACUACCAACAGAGUACAACAGUACACCUACACUACCAACAGAGUACAGGAGUACACCUACACUACCAACAGAGUACAACAAGGUACAGGAGUACACCUACACUACCAACAGAGUACAACAGUACACCUACACUACCAACAGAGUACAGGAGUACACCUACACUACCAACAGAGUACAGGAGUACACCUAUACUACCAACACAGUACAACAGUACACCUACACUACCAACACAGUACAACAGUACACCUAUACUACCAACAAAGUUCAACAGUACACCUACACUACCAACAGAGUACAACAGUACACCUACACUACCAACAAAGUACAACAGUACACCUACACUACCAACACAGUACAACAGUACACCUACACUACCAACAGAGUACAACAGUACACCUACACUACCAACAAAGUACAACAGUACACCUACACUACCAACAGAGUACAACAGUACACCUAUACUACCAACAGAGUACAACAGUGCACCUACACUACCAACACAGUACAACAGUACACCUACACUACCAACAGAGUACAACAGUACACCUACACUACCAACACAGUACAACAGUACACCUAUACUACCAACACAGUACAACAGUACACCUAUACUACCAACAGAGUACAACAGUACACCUAUACUACCAACAGAGUACAACAGUACACCUACACUACCAACAGAGUACAACAGUACACCUACACUACCAACAGAGUACAACAGUACACCUAUACUACCAACAAAGUACAACAGUACACCUACACUACCAACAGAGUACAACAGUACACCUAUACUACCAACAGAGUACAACAGUACACCUACACUACCAACAGAGUACAACAGUACACCUACACUACCAACAGAGUACAGGAGUACACCUACACUACCAACAGAGUACAACAGUACACCUACACUACCAACAGAGUUCAGGAGUACACCUACACUACCAACAGAGUACAACAGUACACCUACACUACCAACAGAGUACAACAGUACACCUACACUACCAACAGAGUACAACAGUACACCUACACUACCAACAGAGUACAACAGUACACCUACACUACCAACAGAGUACAACAGUACACCUACACUACCAACACAGUACAACAAGUACAACAGUACACCUACACUACCAACAGAGUACAACAGUACACCUAUACUACCAACACAGUACAACAGUACACCUACACUACCAACACAGUACAACAGUACACCUACACUACCAACAGAGUACAGGAGUACACCUACACUACCAACAGAGUACAACAGUACACCUACACUACCAACAGAGUACAACAGUACACCUAUACUACCAACACAGUACAACAGUACACCUACACUACCAACAGAGUACAACAGUACACCUACACUACCAACACAGUACAACAGUACACCUACACUACCAACAGAGUACAACAGUACACCUACACUACCAACAGAGUACAACAGUACACCUACACUACCAACACAGUACAACAGUACACCUACACUACCAACAGAGUACAACAGUACACCUACACUACCAACACAGUACAACAGUACACCUACACUACCAACACAGUACAACAGUACACCUACACUACCAACAGAGUACAACAGUACACCUACACUACCAACAGAGUACAACAGUACACCUACACUACCAACAGAGUACAACAGUACACCUACACUACCAACAGAGUACAACAGUACACCUACACUACCAACAGAGUACAGGAGUACACCUAUACUACCAACAGAGUACAACAGUACACCUACACUACCAACAGAGUACAACAGUACACCUAUACUACCAACAGAGUACAACAGUACACCUACACUACCAACAGAGUACAACAGUACACCUACACUACCAACAGAGUACAACAGUACACCUAUACUACCAACAGAGUACAACAGUACACCUAUACUACCAACACAGUACAACAGUACACCUACACUACCAACAGAGUACAGGAGUACACCUAUACUACCAACAGAGUACAACAGUACACCUACACUACCAACAGAGUACAACAGUACACCUAUACUACCAACACAGUACAACAGUACACCUACACUACCAACACAGUACAACAGUACACCUACUCUACCAACAGAGUACAGGAGUACACCUAUACUACCAACAGAGUACAACAGUACACCUACACUACCAACAGAGUACAACAGUACACCUAUACUACCAACACAGUACAACAGUACACCUACACUACCAACAGAGUACAGGAGUACACCUACACUACCAACAGAGUACAACAGUACACCUACACUACCAACAGAGUACAACAGUACACCUACACUACCAACAGAGUACAACAGUACACCUACACUACCAACAGAGUACAACAGUACACCUAUACUACCAACAGAGUACAACAGUACACCUACACUACCAACAGAGUACAACAGUACACCUAUACUACCAACAAAGUACAACAGUACACCUACACUACCAACAGAGUACAACAGUACACCUACACUACCAACAGAGUACAACAGUACACCUACACUACCAACAAAGUACAACAGUACACCUACACUACCAACAGAGUACAACAGUACACCUACACUACCAACAGAGUACAACAGUACACCUACACUACCAACAGAGUACAACAGUACACCUAUACUACCAACAGAGUACAACAGUACACCUACACUACCAACAGAGUACAACAGUACACCUACACUACCAACAGAGUACAAGUACUUGCCAGAUCAAAGGUGAACAUAAAACCGCUACACAUAUGA